AAAAAUAGAAUGAAAAUUACAGAUCAAGGCCAAGUAAAAAAAAAACAAACGUGCCAUAUCUUAUACUAGCAUUUUUAUACAUCCUCUUGUCAAUAAGACAAAUUCUAAUCCCUACAAUGAUGCCUUAAUUCCGGACCAUGUCACAGAUUCUCCUACGUAAGCGUUAAAUUUGAUUCCUGAUCUCAGUGCUAACCAUCACUGUCGACAGGAGAUUUCCGGUAAAUAAUUACUCCCAAUCGGUUAUUUCACUGUAAAAAUUGCUAGACUUAGAAGAAAACAAGAUACGUACAACGUCGCCACAAAUUCGUUUAAUAAUGACAUUGGCGCCAGAUUAGCAGGUGAAUCGGUAUUGUUAUUGAGGGCGGCAUGUCUGCACUUGAAAGCUUUUUCGGGGCAAAAUUACGACAUCGUCAAGAAGUACAGCCUGUCGCGUGAAAACAGAAAACUCGAUAGAGCCAUGUCGUCAAAUACUGUUUCGUCAAAUGACGCCAAUGACGUCAUAUCGGCAUCUUUUGCCUCAAGUCUAGUCUCAUUGGUUCCUGCAGGUGACAAAAUUUGAUGAAAGAUAACAUGGGAGACAAAGAUUUAAAAGUGUCCAUGUUAUUUAAAUAAAUCGGCACAUACCAAACAGUAUUUUCAAAGCUGUCGAAAGGUAAAGUUCAAUGAUGAAACACGUCUUUUGGAUAAAGAAAUCCUUCUUUGCUAUUUGCCUCGCGCUUGUCCUUCACUUUCACCAUUCCCAUGCACAAGACAAUUCAUCAUCCGGAACCACAUUUUCUGCCUCAUCGACUGUCCCAUGUGUAGACUGCCAAAAUGCAACAUCUAGCUCCCGAAUUUUCACGGCGUCUUAUGUUUCAACGACUUUGUCAGAUAUCGUAGUUCUUGAAACAACUGCGAUGGAACCAGCUACGACUACCAAAUUUACUCCUCCCACUGUGCCAUGUAAUGGAGACGCAUGUCCGACGACGACAACACCCACAUCAACUACUUCGGAAAGUGCAACCACUUCCAAAUUGACCACUGCACCUACAACUAGCGAAACCUCGUCGACCAGUUUUUCUGAAUCGACCACAGAAGUAACUACCGUGACUGAGUCUUCAUCGUCAUCCGAAAAAACAACUGAAAUAUCUACCCAAACUUCUUCCCCUACUAGCGUAACUGAUGCGACUUCUACUAUGACAUCUGAAACGCCAAUUGAAAGCUCUUCCUUUAGUUCAACUCUUGAUUUGACAUCGUCUUUUAGUACAUCAACCGAAGUUUCAUCGUCUCCAAGUUCAGUUACAGACAGUACAGAUUUCUCUGAGCUGAAUACGGAAACAACGACAUUCACGAGUAUUUCAUCAUCAUCGACAGAUGCAUCAACAGAAAUUUCUUCUUCUUCUACCACACCAGAUGUGACAUCCACUGCAUCGUCGUCAACGAAUCUCUCAACAUCAUCAAAUACGAUUACAGACAGCACAUCCACCAAUUUUUCAGAAACAACAGAAACGAUGGAACUCACUUCGUCUACCACACAAGCUAGUUCCACGACCGAUGUUACUCCCAGCAUAUCAACCGAAGGUUCACCGACAUCGAGUACAAUUACGGAGAUCUCGUCCACCGAUACAUCGACAACAGAGACAACUAUUUCUACAUGGCAGUCUUCUUCGUCGACUGAAAUGUCUACCGAAACCUCGUCUUUUAGUCCAACAUCUGAUUUUACAUCCACUGCUGUUUCCUCAACUGAGCUUCCAUUGUCGUCGACUACACCUACGGAAUCGACAACAGAGACUUCAACCUUUUUCUCUUCAACAUCCAUUGAAUCAACAACUGAAACAUCAACCGAAACGUCUUCCGUUACCACCAGCCCCGAGGCUACUUCCAGUGUAACAUCCACGGUCGAAACUCCAUCGCCAUCAAACACGAUAACAACUCCAUUGUCCACCGGAGUUUCUGAAACGACAACAGAAAUAGCAACUUCGACGGAGCUGUCCUCGACCGAGGUUACAACUGAAAUAUCAGCGGAAAGCUCUUCUUUUAGUUCAACUUCGGAUUUUAAUUCUUCUACCACAUCAUCUGGACCGUCAUCGUCUAUUACAAUUACAGACAUCUCUUCCACAGAUUUUUCAGAGACAACAACAGAAAAAACAACCUUUACAGAACUGUCCUCGUCUUCUUCUACAGAAUUUACAACUGAAAUAUCAACCGAGAGCACUUAUAUUUCUUCAACCAUGGAUUCUUCUUCUUCGAUUACGUCGUCGUCAGAGCCUUCAUCUUUGUCGAGUACUACUAUAGGCUCCACAUCAACAGAUUUCUUUGAGACAUCAUCAGAUAGUACUUCAUCUUCAACUAUAGUCACAACUGAAACUUCAUCUGAAGCGUCUUCGUCAACAGAAAUUACAACAAUCACAGAGACAUCUCCCACUGAGACAACAGAAACAUCCUUCAGUUCCACAUCUGAUGCUACAUCCUUGAUAUCAUCAACCCCAUUAUCGUCGACCACAAUUGCAGAAACUACAUCCACCGAUAUGUCGACAACCGAAACAUCAACAUGGCUCUCUUCCUCGUCCACCGAUGCAACAACCGAAGUAUCAACAGAGAUAUCUUCCUUUAGUCCAAGUCCUGAUUCCACGUCUUCAAUGGCUUCAUCAACAGAGUAUUCAUCCACGUCAAACACAUAUCCUUCAUCCACUGAUACGUCUGACAUGACAACAGAAAUCACAACUAUAACGGAGAUCUCCUCGUCAACAACAGAAAUAACCACUGACAUAUCAACAGAAAGCUCUUCGUUUAGUUCAACAUCUUUUACAUCAUCUACCGACUUUUCGUCAUCGUCGAUUUCACCCACCGACAACACUCAGUCUUCUGAUGCUACCACAGAAACAGCAACUUUCACAAGUUUCUCUUCAUCAUCGACAACGAUAUCAACGGAAUCACCAACAGAAGCGUCUAGUACUUCCCCUGAUCUAAGUUCUACACCUUCAUCAACUGAGAUAUCUUCAUCAACGAAUACGGAUCAAUCGUCUACCGAGGCGAAUACAGAGACCACAACCUCGCCCUUCAGCUCUUCGACUGAAAUAACAACAGGAAGUUCCUCCUUAAGUUCUACCACAGAUAUUAGUUCAUCUGUCACCUCAUCAGGCGAACCUUCGUCAUCGUUGAGUUCUGAUUCAACGUCUACGAUUUCUUCUGAGGGGACAACAGAAACCACGAUCACUGACCUCUCCUCGUCUUCCUCCCAAGAAGCAACUACAGAAAUUUCUACAGAGAGUUCUUCUAUGAGUUCAACUUCUGUUUUUACGUCUACCUCCCCACUGUCUUCGAGUACACUUGAAGAAACCUCAGCCACCGACUUUUCUACGGUGGAAACGACAUCGUUUACAUCGCCCUCGUCAUCGUCGACUGAAGUAACAACAGCAACACCAACGCAAAGCUCUUCUGCCAGUACUACAUCCGAUGUUUUUACUUCUACUUCUUUCACUACCAAUCCUUCGUCGUCAUCGUCGACCGAUUUUUCCGAGGCAACGGAAACCACAGAAUUUACGGGAUUCCCUUCAUCUUCAACGGAGCAGAUAACAACAUCAACCGUUAGUUCCACUUAUACUGGUAUAACUUCUUCGACGGAAUCAUCGACAUCAACCAUGUCUUCUUCAUCAGACUCUACGUCAAGCAUAAUAAUCGAGACGACAUCGACGAAGCCUUGGUUUUCUGAGUCUACCACAAAAAUUGAUACGUCUUUACAUACAACCGAUGGCUUUUUAAGUUCCACGUCAGGUUCUACUGAAGCAUCGACUAUAUUCACGAGUUCUACAGAAAUCAAUUGGCCAACAAGCGUUGGAACUGGCAGCUCCGUUUCCGAGAUGUCUAGUACCAUGGUAAAUCCAACCGGAGAUCCAAACGAAAUCGACAACACAUCUAAAACUGUUUUCUAUGUGAUUGUCGGUACUCUUGGGGGAUUACUUUUGUUAUUGCUGUUGAUUUUCACUAUACUCGCUAUUACAUAUGCAAGAAAGAGAAAAAAUGCUCCUAUCCUGCCGCUUACGGUUACCCAAGCAGCAGCGAGCGAAAGCAGCUACGGAUCGCAAGAGGGAAGAGUUCGUGGUUUAUUACGUACCCCUUUACGGGGUUACUAAUGGGAAAGAGCUACCUCAUCUACGCGUCAAUUACGAUGCAGGAGUCAUUGUGAAAAUUUGCAUUUUUUGAACUGUUGUUAACCGGUCAUCCCCACUCAUAAUCAUAUUUAAUUCUAUCCUCAAUUAUUAUUAUUUUUUUACCAGUAUAAUAACUUUGAUUUUUAAUGACUGUAUCGCCUUUAAAUUAAUAUUGACAUGUGACGUGUAAUGCGAUAAAUGAAUGGGAUAAAAUAAUUUCGAUGUUG